AUGCGUUCUUUCGACGGCCCCAGCAGCAGCAGCAACGGUAGCACGCCGUACAGCAGCAGCAGCGGCAUGGCAAGCAGCAGCGGCACCCGUGGCGGCGCCGCCAAAGCGGCGGCGCCUCCCGCCGCGGCAACGCCGCCCGCCGAGGCUCCUCGCAGCUAUCGGGUCUCUGCGUGGCAGGCAAUGGCAUUCAAUGGGGCCGUUCCAGAGCGGGUCAACGGCAGGCUGGCCAUGAUGGCAUUCCUGUAUGUUGUGCUCAUUCAGCAGGUGCAGCAGCUGCCGCACGACUGGCACUCCUGGCCCUUCCUCGCGCUGUGCCUGCUGUUUGUCUACGCCGCCUUCCCGCCGGCAUUGGUGGGCGCCAAGGAGGAAGACUUUGGCGUCUUCCGAGUGGCGGCGGAGAAGACGAAUGGGCGCGCCGCCAUGAUUGCCAUGGCCGUGCUGGCUGCCCUGGAGUGGCACAGCGGCUUCUGCUUCUUCUGA